AUGAAUGGUCAAGUUACAACUAUCGAUGCUAAUUCAGUAAAAACAUUCAUCCAAGAUUUGAAAGAUGCUUAUAUAGAAGAAAAUAUGAAAAUUAAUCCUAGUGAAUAUUUUCAAUAUAUUGAUUAUUCAAAAAACGAAUGGGAAAUGUUAAAUGAUGAAUCAUUUGAUUCAACUAUGAAUCAAGCACGUCAAUAUUGGAUGGAAUUAUUAAAUGGAUAUGACAUUGAUAAACAAUUACAAUUACCAUAUGAUAAGCAAUUAAAUUCAAUCCGAACAAAUUCUGGUUCAUCAUUACAAUUUAAAUUAGAUAAGAAUGUUGUUUUACGUAUAACUGAAUGUGCACAAAGUAUAAAUGGAAGUGUAUUUCAAGUUUGUUUAACAUGUUACUAUAUAUUUCUAUUUAAAUUAACAAAAAAUAACGAAAAAGAUAUAUGUAUCGGUAGUUUUGUUGCAAAUCGAUACAAACAAGAAUUUGAAAAUUUAAUUGGUUAUUUUGUUAAUACAUUACCUUAUCGUUUAUUUGUUGAUCCAAAUUUAUCAUUCUCAGAAAUACUAUUACAAGUUCAACACUUAUGUUUAAAUAUAUUGAAAUAUUCUUAUUUACCAUAUCAAGAAAUAAUUAAAUUACAUCGUCAUACAACUAUGAAUAUAAAUGAAGAAAAAUCAUCUAUAUCACUACCAUUUAUACAAACAGUAUUUUUAUUUAUAUUAUCAAAUAAAUAUAAUAAUACUAUUAAUUUAGAACAAGGUGAAUUAUCUGUUAUAACUGAUGAAGACUUUGGUAUUGAUAAAAGUAUUUCAUUGUAUGAUUUAACUUUAUCAAUGAAAUAUGAUACAUUGAAUUCAACAAUAAUAUGUUCAUUUGAUUAUUCAACUGAUUUAUUUGAAAGAAAAACAAUUGAAAAUUUAUGUGAACGUUUUCAAAUAUUAUUAAAACAACUAUUUUUAACAUCAUUUGAUAUUGAAAAACAAUCAAUUUAUAAUUUAUCAAUAUUAUUACCACAUGAAAAACAAUAA